AUGUUUAUAGAGUAUGAAACUUUAAAAGAUUCUAUAAAAAAAGAAUUAGUAUUCUUAACAUCAAAUUUAUUAAAUCAUCCAAUUUUAAAAUUAAUGAGACCAUUGAAUUCAUUAAAUGAUUUUUGUAUAAAUAAUACUUAUUUUUCAUAUGCUGUAUUCAUUGAAUUAAUCACACAAAUGCAACAAACAAAACGUUCAAUGAAUACUAUGUUGAAUAGAUGUAAAGAUUUUCAUCGUGAUAAUAAAAAACAUAUACAUCAAAUGAAGCAAUUGAUUGAUGAAUUAGAAUAUUUGAAAUCAAAUAUUGGUGGUUCAUUUUCAACAAAUGGAUUUCUUUCUACAUCAAAAAAUUUUCAUGUUGCUGGAUCAUUUUUCAGUGGUGCUGCUAAUACUAAUCAAUCAAAACCUUUUGUUUUUGAAAUAACUGUCAAUGGAUCUAAUCUUCAAAAUACGAUUUUUGUUGAUAUUGGCACAUAUAAUGGUUGUUAUAAUGAACUUGAAAUCUUAUUUAAUAUUGGUUCAAUUUUUAAAAUUGAAAUUGUUUAUUAG